GGAUGGUCGUUAUGAGACAUCAUGCCACCAGCACCAGCUACCGCUUCGAAAGGAGCCAAGAAGGCUUCGAAGGCCAAAGCUUCACGUCCCCCCGGAGACAAGAAGCGCAAGAAGAAGAGGAAGGAAAGUUAUUCCAUCUACAUCUACAAAGUAAUGAAACAAGUCCACCCCGACACUGGCAUCUCCAGCAAAGCUAUGUCCAUCAUGAACAGUUUUGUCAACGAUUUGUUCGAAAGAAUCGCUUCUGAAGCCAGCCGUUUGGCUCACUACAACAAACGUUCGACCAUCAGUAGCCGUGAGGUGCAGACUGCUGUCCGUCUGCUUCUCCCUGGUGAGUUGGCCAAACACGCCGUCUCUGAAGGUACCAAGGCUGUCACCAAAUACACCAGCAGCAAGUAAAUCAUGGUCUCAAAAAAAAAAACCGGUCCUUUUCA